CGGUCAGAGUUGCGGAUUAUAUUCGCGACCAAAACAUCGUGCUUGGACCGCUCCAAACGGAUUAUACGGGGGUCGUUGCUGCCCGUUUGCCCGUGACUGCCCCCGUCGAAAUACCGUCGAAUGCAACAAUGGACCAGCUUGGCCACAUUGACAGCAUGCUCGCCCAGCAUGCUGUCGCCCGUCAUCGCGAAAGUAUCUCCCAGUCAACCGACACGUACCGCAGGGUGCGUAUGCGCCUUGGCACGAUGGCCAGCUCCCCUGUGGAUAUUUUCCUCUCGGUGGAAGACCUGGGGCGCCAGUAG